GUGAGACACGGCGAUCCGGAUUCAGCCCGACAAACACACACUGGACCAACAGUCUGGUGCCAGUCUGGGAGCCUGGAGUGGACCGGUUCUGGGAAGGACCGGGUCCAGUUUGGAGCUCAGGAAACAGCGAAGGAAGGAAAGUUCGAGAGUCGAGACUUCUGCUCUGCCCCAUCCCUCCCCUCCCACCUUCCUUAGCCCGCUUUUCGGAAGGUGGUGGUUCAGGUGUGUCCCAUCCGGACCCGGCACCGGGUUCCUGUAGAUCCACUUCGAGGCCUGCAGGUAAAGCUCGGUCACUGGUCAUGUUCACCUAGAGCCCAGCACCAUGGCGUCCACCAUGCGCAGGCGUCUGGACAAAAUCCGGUUCCGAGGCCAGGUCCCGAGACGCGACGAGUUCCCAGAUCCGCCCGAGUCGCCCAGCACGUCCGACACAGAAUGCCCCGAGGAGGUCGUGAUGAAGGCUCGGCCGCCCGGCAGAGAGCUGGAGGAGCCGCGGGAGGCGGAGGCGGAGCCGGGCGACGCUCAGCCCGGUCCAGGGGCCUUUUCUGCAGCUCUCAACGAUGAUUCGCGAACCGAUCUGAACGAGGUCAAAGGGCAUCUGGAAAUUGCUUUGUUAGAAAAACACUUCUUACAGGAGGAGCUUAGGAAGCUGAGAGAGGAGUCCAACGUGGACUCAGUGAAGCAGGAGCUGGAGAAGGAACGGUGCAGACGCGUCGAGCUGGAGCAGAAGAUCAACGAGGCUCUGAAGUCCAGACUUGAGGACUCGCCUUCACGGACGCCCAAACCGCCGUGUCCUCCUUCACCUGCAGGCAGCGGUCCAGACGGCACUGGCUCCAACAGCUUCCUGAAAUGGAUUUACGAACGUUUUGCCGUUUACGUGGAGGACUUCCGCUUCCAGCCGGAGGAGACGACGGUGGAGACGGAGGAGCCGCUGAGCGCCAGGAGGUUGACUGAAAACAUGAGACGCCUCAAACGAGGAUUCAGGCCUGUGACCAACUUCAUGAGGAACCUGUCGGCUCUGUCCAGCUGGUACUCUGUCUACACGUCAGCCAUCGCUUUCAUUGUCUACAUGUAUGCGGCGUGGAAAGGCUGGGUCAUCCCCAUGUUCCUGUUCCUCGCCAUCCUUCGUCUCUCCUUAAAUUACCUCAUUGCCAAAGGCUGGAGGAUCCAGUGGAGCAUCGUACCUGACGUCUCCGAGCCCCUGGAGCCGCCUAAGGAAGACCUGACGGUGUCGGAGAAGUUCCAGCUGGUUCUGGACGUCGCUCAGAGAGCUCAGAAUCUGUUCGGCAGAAUGGCCAACGUCCUGGAGAAAAUAAAGAAUCUGUUCAUGUGGGUCCGCCCGGAGCUGACUCGGAAGCUGUACGUGGGUCUGUGGGUGGCCUUCAUCUCCUCCUGCCUGCUGCCGUACAAACUGCUGGGAUUUGUGAUCGGCGUGUAUCUAGGAAUAAAGUUUUUCAUCAUCGACUUCAUACUGAAGAGCUGUCCCAAGCUGAGGCUGCGCUUCGACACCCCCUACAUCAUCUGGACCAACCUGCCCACCGACCUGCAGCUGAAGGAGCGCAGCAACCCGGCGCCGAGCCGGCGGGUUCAGGCAGCGGGGAGUCGGGGAAACCUCACGGCUGCCGCUUCUCCGGGUUCGAUGAGGGACGAGGACGGAGGACGCUACUACAGCACCAAGAGAGGAGCUUUCCACGAAGUCUUCAACCUGCCGGAGAGUGAGCGCCCCCUGGCAGAGUGUGUGAACGGCUGGCGCUGCUGUCUCAUCAACAGAGACAAGAAGACGCCCUCGGACUACCUUCGCCACGGCGUCCUGUACGUCACGGAGAAUCAUCUGUGUUUCGAGAGCUCCAGCUCCAGGUCUGGGUCCACGAAGAGGAACAAGGUGAUCAAGCUGCUGGACGUCAAGGACAUCCAGAAGUACAAAGUGUUGUCCGUGCUGCCUGGGUCUGGGAUGGGCAUCUCCAUAGCAACGCCAACCACCCAAAAGCCCAUGGUGUUCGGGGCAAUGAUCCACAGGGACGAGGCCUUCGACGCCAUCUACACUCAGUACAGGAGGAUCCUGGGCGAGGCGGCGGCCGCCCACCCGGAGACAUAGCAGCGCCUCCGCCCCCUCACCAGGACUCCCAACCCUCCUCCAGGCAGGAGCUGCUCCUCUUCAUCAGUCAUUACGGUGGAGUGUCGAACGGUAAAGGAGGCCAUUCACUGGUUUCACCUCAACCAGUCAAUGAGUUCCUAUAAAUAUUUGAACGUUUAAAGGUCCGAUCAAGAGAAACUGAAACACAGAGGAAGUUCCUGAAAAUGUACGACAAUCAGCCGGCACCAAGUUAAACGCUCCUCCUGGAGCCCUGCUCCAAACAGCUCGGAGCCAGCAGCCGCUCACGUCUCCGGUGCAGAUCUGUUCCCCCUGAGUGUUUAGCACUGACUGAGUAUGGAUGAGUUUCGUCUGCCAGUCAAAGCUGUGGGUGCAGUCGUUCUGCUUCCACCAAUGAUGGACACACUGAGCGCUGGUGCCAAACACAAACCCAGCAAACGUCUGAGAGGACGUGUUUUCCAGUAUUAGCUGAAGCAUGUUUAACUCAUUAACUGACAUUAGCGUCUGCAGGGAACUACUACUUUGUGUUGUAUUGCUAGGUAUUACAGGUGAUAUUACUCCAUAUAUAAAUGUUUAUAUUAUAUGAACCUACUCCGUGUUCAGGCUAAAGCUGCUGUAGUUCUGUGUGACGGUGCGUUUUACUUCAGAGCCCAUAAAAAGCUUUACCACAACAUAUUAGGUGUUACUUUAAAUUUCCUAUAGAGCAUUUACUUUCCCGGUUCCUCUGAAUCAUUUAAACGUGUUUGACAGCAUGUAUUACCCAUAAUAGUCUUCUUCAUUAUAACCGUGGGCACUGGGAAACGGUGCCUCUGUUUUAACCUCUGUUAAUUCAACUGUGGGUUCUGGACGCUUUGGCUCAGUUCUACACCUGAGAUCAUCAUGAAAUAGUCCACAUUAUUUUUCAUUUGCGGAACAGUGUAACAUUCAGUGUAAAGAAUCAAAUGCGCUUCUUGGGUUUCUAACUUUUUACCAUGCAAAGCUUUGACUGCCAAAUCUUUAGUUUUCUUGGUAAAAUACAUUGUCGCUCUUCAUUCUUUCGCCGCGCUGCCUUGCUCUGCGUUUCAGACGUUGCCUGAUGUUCUUUGCCUCAGAUGCGGCUACAUUCACGCUACAUUCAUGGUUGAUAGCGUCUUCUUUCCAGCUAGUUUUAAACUUUCUCCAUCUCUGAUGUGCCAAUAUCCAUUAAUAUGUGAUACAUCAUGACAAUCAGUCGCACCAAUCUAAAAUAUAAAGACAAAAGGUCGUUUAGUCGUCUUCAUUAAAUGACGUCAACGUAGCCUUGAAUCUGUUUCUUUGUUACUGUCGACCUGUUGACUUUCAAAUUAAAAGGUUUUUAUAAAUGAUUGUACAAAUAGGUACAAAGUUUUACAGUUUUUGUUUAAUUGUAAUGAAUAUUUUUAGUAAUAUUAAAGUGCAUCAUUGGUUAAACAGCCUGGUUUCAUAAAUAGUCAGAUGAUUGUUCAACUUGUCAAACAAUGACGUUGCAUUACAGGCAUCAAUAAAAGUGGGAAUUUAAAACGUU